AUGUCCACCUUUCCGUCAUGGAAGGAUCGCACGCAGAAUCAGUUCGGCAAACUUCAGAUUCAAGUGCCAUGGCGCUCAUUCAAGCUCCUGGUGCCACAUCGCAUGCGCCGCAAGAUUCGCUCAAAGCUUCGGAGUCGCUUAUCGCCAACUUCGUCUAUCUCGACAUUGCAGACGUCGUUCUCACCCUUCGAUACUCUCCGCUCGCUCCAGUCGCAUCGAUGGACCGUCUAUGAUUUCCAGUACCUACUGCUGCUGAUCAUCGGCAUCUUCUCCCUGACCGUCAUGCAAUCCCCGGGUCCACUUGGCAAGACCGCCAUCUCGAGCCUUCUCCUGUUCUCACUACUCAUGCCCAUCACACGGCAAUUCUUUCUGCCUUUCUUGCCCAUUGCUGGAUGGCUCAUCUUCUUCUACGCUUGCCAGUUCGUCCCGAGCGACUGGAGACCCGCAAUCUGGGUCCGAGUUCUACCAGCCAUGGAGAACAUCCUAUACGGUGCCAACAUCAGCAACAUCCUCUCGGCCCACCAGAACGUGGUGUUGGAUAUUUUGGCGUGGAUUCCCUACGGCCUCUGCCAUUAUGGCGCGCCAUUCGUCGUCUCCAUAAUCCUGUUCAUCUUCGGUCCUCCGGGCACCACUCCGCUCUUCGCCCGGACUCUCGGCUACAUCAGCAUGGUCGCUGUCACCGUUCAGUUGGUGUUCCCGUGCUCACCGCCAUGGUAUGAGAAUUUGUACGGUCUCGCUCCCGCAGACUACUCGAUGCAGGGAAACCCCGCCGGUCUGGCUCGCAUCGACAAAUUGCUCGGUAUCGACCUUUACACCUCUGGGUUCAAGCAGUCCCCGGUUGUGUUCGGUGCUUUCCCCUCACUACACGCUGCAGAUUCGACCCUCGCGGCUCUGUGCAUGAGCCACGUCUUCCCUCGGCUGAAGUUCCUCUGGGUCACAUAUACCCUCUGGAUGUGGUGGGCUACCAUGUAUCUUUCUCACCACUAUGCGGUUGACCUGGUCUGUGGUGGUCUGCUUGCCACUGUGGCCUUCUACUUUGCCAAGACUCGCUUCCUCCCUCGCGUCCAGCUCGACAAGAUGUUCCGCUGGGACUACGAUUAUGUGGAAAUUGGCGACUCCUCGCAUGAGUUUGGUUACGACCUAGCUAGCCUCGACGGUGACUUCAACCUGGACAGCGAUGAGUGGACCGUUGGAUCUUCUUCAUCGGUCUCCUCUGGCUCCCUCAGCCCCGUCGAUGACCACUACACCUGGGAAAGCGAAACCCUCACCUCCAAUCACGACAUUGAAGCUGGUCGCUAA